GAGUCAUCCAACGUAGUGCCGGCAAAACUGCCCAAGCGGUCACUCAUGAAAUUUUUCUUAUUAGAAAAUUAAAAAAUGAGUGUUUUCAUCAUCUUGUCUGUGGCUGCCGUACUGGCUGGUUAUAUACUAUUUUAUAGAAAAAAAACAAGCCAGUAUGGAGCGUUAAAAAUCGCACCGGGACCUACGCCAUUGCCAGUUAUAGGAAGUUUACACGUCCUGGGCAAGCACGAAUCGCCAUUUCAAUCGUUCACAGAGCUAGCUAAGGAGUACGGGGAUAUUUUCAGUAUAAAAUUGGGGGGUGCAAAAUGUCUGGUUGUCAACAAUUUGGAGUUGAUCCGUGAGGUUUUGAACCAGAACGGCAAGUUUUUUGGCGGGAGACCUGACUUCUUGCGUUUUCACCAGCUGUUCGCGGGCGACAGGAAUAAUUCUCUUGCCCUCUGCGAUUGGUCCAACCUUCAGCUCAGAAGGAGGAACUUAGCUAGAAGGCACUGCGGACCGAAGCAGCACACGGACAGCUACGCCAGGAUCGGCAGCGUUGCCACCUUCGAAGCAAUUGAGCUCGUCCAAACCCUGAAGAACAUCACCAGAUCUACGGAGUCCAGCAUCAAUUUAAAGCCUCUACUGAUGUCCUCAGCAAUGAACAUGUUCGCACAUUACAUGUGCAAUGUUAGGUUUGACGAGGAAGACGAGGAAUUCAGGAAAAUCGUCGACCACUUCGACGAGAUCUUCUGGGAAAUCAAUCAAGGCUAUGCUGUAGACUUCUUGCCGUGGUUGGCACCGUUUUACAAGAAACACAUGGAAAAGCUGUCCAAUUGGUCACACGAUAUAAGAUCUUUCAUCCUGUCAAGGAUUGUUAACCAGAGAGAAAUGAAUUUGGACAUGGAUGCCCCUGAAAAAGAUUUCUUAGACGGUCUCUUGAGAGUGUUGCAUGACGAUCCGACAGUUGAUAGAAAUACUAUCAUAUUUAUGCUUGAAGAUUUCUUAGGGGGUCAUUCGUCUGUGGGGAAUUUAGUUAUGUUGUGUUUAGCAGCUGUGGCGAGAGAUCCAGAAGUAGGAAAGAAGGUAAGAGCAGAGAUUGAUGCGUUUACUAAAGGGAAAAGAGCUGUAGGAUUAGUAGACAAAAGACAACUGCCUUACACUGAAGCUACCAUUCUGGAAUGUCUCAGAUACGCGUCAUCUCCCAUCGUGCCCCAUGUGGCAACAGAAAACGCCAACGUGGCCGGUUAUGGAGUAGAAAAGGGGACAAUCGUUUUUAUUAACAACUACGAACUGAAUACAUCAGAACAAUAUUGGAGUCAGCCCGAGAAAUUUGAUCCGUCAAGAUUUUUGGAGCUUUCCAAAGUACGUGUCAGGAGGAAAUCUCAAUGCGACUCUGGUAUGGAGUCCGACAGUGAAAGAACAGGUCCCAUAGACAAAAGCAUAGAGGUGGAGAAAGAAGUAGUGUCAGUUAAGAAAAACAUACCUCAUUUUCUUCCGUUCAGCAUCGGGAAAAGGACAUGCAUUGGCCAGACGUUGGUUACAUCUAUGAGUUUUGUCAUGUUUGCCAAUAUAAUGCAGGAGUUUGAAGUGGCGGCUGAGAAUAUUGAAGAUUUGCGACAGAAGCCGGCGUGCGUGGCCCUCCCUAAAGACACGUUCAAUUUGUACUUAGUCCCGAGGAAACACUGAUAUUAUUACUAGUUAUAUUCCUAAAAUACACAUGUUUUUAAGCUAAAAUGAAUAAUUUCGAAACAUCAUUAAAAAUAAACAAUUUAUGUAAAAAUAUAUAUAUAUAUUUUAAUCAAUGUGUAGUGAAACUGAGUAGUCACAU